GACGUUUAUUAAUGUAUUUUUUUAGGUUAUGUUCAAAGUAAAUUUAAACUGAAGUUCCCGAGACAAAAAGCUUUAUUACUGGGUUACUUGUGUAAAAUAUAUUUUUUUCAACGUCGAACAAAACGUAUUUAACCUGAGUAACUAACGUUCGUUAUACAUUUUAUCAACAAAAUGUUUAAAAUCCCCAAGUGGGGAGACGAUGUGCCGAAGAGUAGUUUAACUUUUGGAAAAGCUGCAAAGCAUAAAAAAGAAAAAAAUAAGGAUUUGGACACACUUACAAUUCCUAAAAAUCUUGAUAAGUCUGCACAAGUGAAUGGCGAAUCAGUACCCACAAUAAAAAAGAAAGUAAAGAAAACAAAAUUAAAUAAAUCCAACAAAAGCAAUCAAAUAAAAGCAUUGCAAUCCAAUAACCCCAAAAACACGUCAGUAAUAAAUCAAACAGCAAUUAAAUGUAAGCUUAAAUCUAGAAAGCGUAAGCAUGAAGAUAACGUUUCCAAUGACACUGAAGUUCAAAAUUAUGUGUCAACAAAAUCAAUGAAAGCUAAAAAGAGAAAAUAUAACAUCAACACAGAGGAAAAUCCUUCUGAACAACUUAAUAAUGUAAAAGAUAUGCCUUAUAGUAACACCUUUCAAGUAGAAAAUUCAAAUAUACAACCUAUAAUAAGUAAAAAAGACAAAAAGAAAGAAAUGUUUAAAAAAAUAUUAAAAAUGGAAAAUAAAAGAAAUCAUAUCAGUGUUGGUGGCAGUAAUCUAAGGCAAAGAAUGUUAGAGAAGCUAAAAGCUGCACAGUUCAGGUUCCUGAAUGAAAAGCUGUACACAACAUCAGGUUCAGAAGCUCAGAAGAUCUUCCAAUCUGACCCAGAAGCUUUCCGCACCUAUCAUCAGGGCUACCAGCAACAAUUGAAGAAGUGGCCAGUCAAUCCUCUCGACUUGAUAGUGAAAAGGAUAUCUCAAAUGCCCAAAACGCACACAAUAGCAGACAUGGGCUGUGGCGAGGCAGCGCUGUCGCGGCGCGUGGCGCAGCGCGUGCACUCGUUCGACCUGGUGGCGGCGCGUGCGGGCGUGACGGCAUGCGACAUGGCCCGCACGCCGCUGCCCGCCGCCGCGCUGCACGCCGCCGUCUACUGCCUCGCGCUCAUGGGCACCGACCUCACGCAGUACCUUCUAGAGGCUAACCGGAUACUCAAGAUGGGGGGUCACCUGCUUAUCGUGGAAGUGGAGAGUCGCUUCGACAAUGUGGAAUCAUUCACUGAUGACGUGAAGCGGCUCGGGUUCAAACUGAAGACCUUAGACAAAAGCCAUCAGGUAUUCUUUUAUAUGGAGUUCAUAAAGGUCGGUGAGCCGCCUGUCAAGAAAUCCAAACUACCAACGUUAACUCUAAAGCCAUGUUUGUAUAAAAAGAGGUGAAUAAAUAUUUUUAAACU